AUGGCCGCCGCAUCCUCCUCCAAGAUGCAGCUCUUCUCUGCGGACGACGUGUCCAAGCACAACACACCCACCGACUGCUGGGUCAUCCACCGCGGCAAGGUGUACGACGUCUCCGAGUUCGUCGAGGAUCACCCGGGCGGUGACGACCUCAUCCUGCGCUAUGCAGGCAAAGACAUGGGCGAGAUCAUGGACGACCCGCAGGAGCACUCGCACUCGGACUCGGCCUACGAGUUGCUCGACGAGCACAUCAUCGGUCGUCUUCCCACCACCGACGCCGAGAAGCAGGCGCUGAACGAGCGCGCUGCCAAGGGCGGAUACUCGGGCAAGGACGACUCGAUCGUCAUCACCGACGACUUCCACCCCGAGGAGACCGACUUUUCGUCCGACUACAAGGCGCACAAGUUCCUCGACCUCAACAAGCCGCUCAUGCCCCAGAUGCUGCGCGCCAACUUCUCCAAGCAGUUCUACCUCGAGCAGGUGCAUUCGCCACGCCACCUCAAGCAUCCCGCACGCUUCUUCAACCAGGACUAUCUCGAGGUGUUUACACGCACGCCGUGGUACGUCGUGCCCAUGGUUUGGCUGCCCAUUGCAUCUGCCAUCUUCUUCCGCUCCACGACUCAGUUUGCAGCCAACCUGGCAAAGACGCCGCUCAACGCCAACACCUGGUACGAGGCUGCCACCAAGCCGACGCAGUUCGACACGUCCGUUUGGUCGAUUGCCCUCACCCAGACCGCGGUAUGCUGGGUCGUAGGUGUGGUCAUCUGGACGCUGCUCGAGUACGGCAUCCACCGAUUCCUCUUCCACAUUGACGACAUUCUGCCGGAUAAGCCCAUGUUCCUCACGCUGCACUUCCUGCUGCAUGGCGUACACCACUACCUGCCCAUGGACAGGCUGCGUCUGGUCAUGCCUCCACUGCUCUUCUUCCUCCUCAGCUAUCCCUUCACCCAACUUGCCCAUGUGUUGUUCCCAACAGCAGUGGCGAAUGGUAUCAUCGCAGGCGCAUUUAGCAUGUACGUCGUAUACGACUGCAUGCACUACGCCCUCCACCACACCCGCCUCCCACAGUACCUCAAAAACAUGAAGCAGUACCACCUCGAACACCACUACAAGAACUUCGAACUCGGCUUUGGCGUCACCUCCAAGGUCUGGGACUACGUCUUUGGCACCCAGCUCUAA